CAUGUCAACUGAAAAAAAAAAAACACCAGUGGGUUCUGAAGGGCAGGAACGCGCUGAUGAGACCUGAGUGCUUUACUGGAGUGUGAAGCGGCUAUUCCACAAUUUAGCAGGCACUUUUUGUGCCACUUGAAAAUACAGUUCACCCCGGCGCGAGGUUCUCUUUGAUUGACAAGAGGGAUCUGGCAUUUCAUCUUCUCCCCCAAGCUCACCCACACCUGCCCAGAGGUCUGGGAUGCCGAGGUAGCACACCCCGCCGCGAGGCUGCCGUUGCCAAGUGUCCGCUUUAACCCGCUUGUCCGGGAGGAGCGCUGGCCGCAGCCUGUUGAUUCCAUUUCCUCCGGCUUUAGUCCUGGGUAGGGAGUGGCUGUCCCGGGACUUCCACCGUUUUCCUGCUCGGGCACGGGUGUUCACAGGGCUCCGGUGCAUUGUUUUUCUUCCUAGCAGCCAGGGUGAGCGUUUCGGCUCGGACACUUCUUUUUUUUUUUUUUUUGCUUUCUGUCGUCUCGGGCUGCGUGUACACUCUUGUUUCUGCGCGCUCUCCACGCCCUUCCCAGUUUCCUGUUAGUCAAGGCAUCGCUCUUUUCUGAACGAAAAGUUCUCGGCGCCGAGUGGAACCUCCCGGAAAAAUGCUCUUCUCUUCCGUGUGCGCCGGAAGGAGCUGGGGGUGGGCCAGAAACUAACCCCCCGCGGCCCGGAGCGGUCCGAGAACCCACCGCCCCGCGGCGGAGAGGAGGAGUCCGAGAGGAUGGCCGGGGCCGGCGGUCAGCACCUCCCUCCUGGAGCAGCCGCGGGGACCAGCGCCGCGGUCACUCCUGCCGCCGCCUCGGCGGGGCCUGGAGAGGAUUCAUCCGACAGCGAAGCGGAGCAAGAGGGAGGCCCCCAGAAACUGAUCCGCAAAGUGUCCACUUCGGGGCAGCUCCGGACCAAGACCAGCAUUAAAGAGGGACAGCUCUUGAAGCAAACCAGUUCUUUCCAAAGAUGGAAAAAGCGCUACUUCAAACUUCGAGGCCGAACGCUUUAUUAUGCAAAGGACUCAAAGUCUCUGAUAUUUGAUGAAGUCGACCUCUCAGAUGCCAGCGUAGCUGAAGCAAGCACAAAAAAUGCCAACAACAGCUUCACGAUAAUCACUCCAUUUAGAAGACUAAUGCUGUGUGCUGAGAACAGAAAGGAGAUGGAAGAUUGGAUCAGCUCACUGAAAUCUGUCCAGACCAGAGAACCUUACGAGGUAGCCCAGUUUAACGUGGAACAUUUCUCAGGGAUGCAUAACUGGUACGCCUGCUCACAUGCCCGGCCCACUUUCUGUAACGUGUGCCGAGAGAGUCUUUCUGGAGUCACGUCCCACGGGCUGUCCUGUGAAGUGUGUAAAUUCAAGGCUCACAAAAGGUGUGCAGUACGGGCAACAAACAACUGCAAAUGGACAACUCUGGCCUCCGUGGGGAAGGACAUCAUAGAGGACGAGGAUGGGGUCGCCAUGCCUCACCAGUGGCUGGAGGGCAACCUGCCUGUCAGUGCCAAAUGUGCCGUCUGCGACAAAACCUGCGGCAGUGUUCUCCGUCUGCAAGACUGGAAAUGCCUUUGGUGUAAAACGAUGGUACACACUGCCUGCAAAGACUUAUAUCACCCUGUAUGUCCACUUGGCCAAUGUAAAGUGUCUAUUAUACCUCCAAUUGCCCUAAACAGCACUGAUUCUGAUGGUUUCUGUAGAGCAACAUUUUCAUUCUGUGUUAGUCCUCUGCUGGUUUUUGUCAAUUCCAAGAGUGGCGACAAUCAGGGAGUCAAGUUUCUUCGGCGAUUUAAGCAGUUACUCAAUCCGGCUCAGGUGUUUGAUUUAAUGAAUGGAGGUCCUCACUUAGGUUUAAGAUUAUUCCAGAAGUUUGACAACUUCCGGAUUCUCGUUUGCGGAGGAGAUGGAAGCGUAGGAUGGGUUUUGUCAGAAAUUGAUAAGCUCAAUUUGAAUAAACAGUGUCAGGUGGGCGUAUUGCCUUUGGGCACAGGAAAUGACCUUGCACGUGUUCUUGGCUGGGGUGGGUCACACGAUGAUGACACUCAACUUCCGCAGAUAUUAGAGAAGCUGGAACGAGCUAGUACCAAAAUGUUGGACAGGUGGAGUAUAAUGACCUAUGAACUCAAAUUACCACCAAAGUCUUCUCUACUUCCAGAUCCUCCAGAAGCAUCUGAAGAAUUUUACACAACGAUUUAUGAAGACUCUGUUGCAGCUCAUCUUACGAAAAUCAUCAAUUCUGAUGAACAUGCAGUGGUCUUAUCAUCAGCCAAGAUUCUGUGUGACACCGUAAAGGACUUCGUGGCCAAAGUAGAGAAGUCACAUGAGAAAACAUUGGAAAACGCUGUUGUCGCAGAAGCCGUGGCCAGUAAAUGUUCCAUCCUAAAUGAGAAGCUUGAACAACUGCUCCAGUCUUUACACGCAGAUCUCCAGGCUGCCCCAGUUCCUGGCACCAACACUGUCAUCGUAGAAGAAGAGCCAGUGGAAUCUUCAAGCGAAGAUUCCUUGUGUGAAAGCAAGGAACAGCUCGUAGAUGAUGCUGCAAAACCCUCUUCCCAGAAACUGGCCAAACCAAAGGAAAUAAUGCUGCGCGCGAACAGUUUAAAGAAAGCAGUGAGGCAAGUCAUUGAAGAAGUCGGAAAAGUGGUAGAUGACCAGACAGUCCACACCAGUGAACCAGUUAUUUCAUCAUUUGAAUAUGAUAGUGCAGAAACAGAUGAAUCUAAGGACGACUCUAAAGAUGAUGAUGCAAAAGAAGCAUUAGCUGUUAAAACUGCACCUCGGUCUCCAGAUGGCAGGACCAGUCGUGCCCAAACUGACUCGAGCCCUGGUCCAGUUGUGGCAGCUGGCAAAGAAAACCUCCCUGUACUUAAUACCAGAAUAAUCUGCCCAGGUUUACGAGCAGGACUAGCUGCCUCAAUUGCCGGGAGUUCUAUUAUCAACAAAAUGUUACUAGCAAAUAUUGAUCCCUUUGGUGCAACACCCUUUAUUGACCCAGAUCCAGAUUCAAUAGAUGGCUAUUCAGAAAAAUGUGUCAUGAACAAUUACUUUGGGAUUGGAUUAGAUGCAAAAAUUUCAUUAGAAUUUAAUAAUAAGAGAGAGGAGCACCCUGAAAAAUGCAGGAGCCGAACUAAAAAUUUGAUGUGGUAUGGAGUCUUGGGAACCCGGGAGUUAUUACAGAGAUCAUACAAGAACUUAGAACAGAGGGUUCAGCUUGAGUGUGAUGGUCAGUAUAUACCUCUUCCCAGUCUACAAGGAAUAGCAGUUUUGAACAUCCCUAGCUAUGCUGGAGGCACUAACUUUUGGGGUGGAACUAAAGAGGAUGAUAUAUUUGCUGCACCAUCAUUUGAUGACAAGAUUCUAGAAGUCGUUGCAGUGUUUGAUAGCGUACAAAUGGCAGUUUCAAGGGUCAUUAAGCUGCAGCAUCAUCGAAUAGCCCAGUGCCGAACAGUAAAAAUCACUAUAUUUGGUGAUGAGGGAGUCCCCGUGCAGGUGGAUGGUGAAGCAUGGGUUCAACCUCCAGGAAUCAUCAAAAUUGUACAUAAAAACAGAGCUCAGAUGCUAACAAGGGACAGGGCUUUUGAAAGCACUCUAAAAUCUUGGGAAGAUAAACAGAAGUGUGAUUCUGGUAAACCAGUCCUUCGAACACAUUUAUAUAUCCAGCAUGCUGUUGACUUGGCAACGGAAGAGGUGUCACAGAUGCAGCUGUGUUCCCAGGCUGCAGAGGAACUCAUUACCAGAAUUUGUGACGCAGCUACAAUUCACUGUCUUUUGGAACAAGAAUUGGCCCAUGCGGUGAAUGCAUGUUCCCACGCACUAAAUAAAGCCAAUCCCCGGUUCCCAGAGAGUCUUACGAGAGACACUGCCACCGAAAUAGCAAUCAAUGUGAAAGCACUCUACAAUGAAACGGAGUCCUUACUAGUUGGCAGGGUUCCUUUGCAUUUGGAAUCUCCCCACGAAGAGCGGGUAUCCAAUGCCUUACAUUCUGUGGAAGUGGAGUUACGGAAAUUAACAGAGAUCCCCUGGCUUUAUUAUAUCUUACACCCAAAUGAAGAUGAGGAGCCUCCUAUGGAUUGCAGCAAGAGAAACAACAGGAGCACUGUAUUCCGCAUUGUGCCAAAAUUUAAAAAGGAAAAGGUUCAGAAGCAGAAGACCAGUUCACAGCCUGUUCAGAAAUGGGGCACAGAGGAAGUUGCUGCUUGGCUGGAUCUGCUCAAUUUGGGAGAGUACAAAGAAAUCUUCAUCCGUCAUGACAUCAGAGGGGCUGAACUUUUGCAUCUGGAAAGGCGAGACCUUAAGGAUCUGGGGAUACCGAAAGUCGGUCAUAUGAAGCGAAUUCUCCAGGGAAUUAAAGAGCUUGGAAGAAGUACUCCCCAGUCCGAGGUGUAACCACAUUGGUGCUAUUCCUUGGAAGAGAAGAAAUUGCUCCUUAAUCCAAAGUUCUUGGAAGCAAUGAGUAUUCUUGUAGGAUUCUGCCUAGAUCUGUAAGCACCACUUAACGCACCUCUAUGGCUUGAUGUUUUGCUGUGGGUAAAUUUUUUAUUUGAGCUAUUAGGAAAACAGUUUUGUGCCAAAAAUUACAUUCCACAAAGCUAUUUUUUCUUGUUGUGAAAACCUGAUAUACAUUAUUAAAAUGGUAGGAGGAAUCUGUGACAAUUACCCCAUCUGAAAAAUAGAAAUGCAAAAUAUUUAUGUUCCUCAAACCUGGACAAGUGGAAUGUUCUUACUGUGCAAGCAUAAAACAAUGUGUGACUAAAAUUUCUUAUGCUUCAUUGUUGAAGACAUUUGCUUCUUCCUUAAAAUUACUGGCUACAAGACUAAAAUAGAAGUUGUGUUUUGUUAGAUGGGUAUCUCUUCAGAUUCCUACUGCUCAAUGACCAAAUAUGGUUAAUAUUUCUCAAAUACUGGUUAAAUGCCCCUCAAAUGAAUGAAUGCAAAUCUUAAUGCACGAUGUUCUUGCCUGAAUUGUCUUUCUCCUGCAUGUCAAAUCUACUAUUGUAACAGUUUUAAUGUCAAUUUUAAUGGAAUUUAAUUUAUUAUUACCUGAGUACCUUUUUGUUGACUAAAGGCACUUUUCUGUUCUUUGAUGUAGAAUAUUGGAUAUUCUGUAUCUAAGAAUCUGUGAAUGUGUGUCUGUGCCAUAAUCAAAAAUGAUCUACAUCAAAUGCAAUUCUGUUUUAUUUCAACCUAUCAUAAAUAGUAGGUAUGAACAUUAAGAAAAUUAUUGGAUAUUCUCAUAAAAUUGCAUACUCUGUUGUCUAACGAAUCUUUUCCAGUUCUCCAGAAGUCUGACAUUUUGUUCUAAUGUCUAUUCUCAGUGUAGUAAUUAUUGAAUUCCUAUUUAGCAUUUAUAAUUUAGUAGACUGUUUACAUAUAGGAAUUUUCCUUGAAGUCUCAACUACAAUUUGUAUACUGACUAAUCACCCAGAUUCACCCCAAUUAGGGCUCACUCCAGUUGAGCCCUAACAGGAACUUUCAAAAAAAAAAACCAACUUUAUUUCUUAAGGGCCUUAUAGUAUUAUCUUAUUUAAUUCUUUAUCCUAUUAAAUAGAUAUUAUUUUCCUUUUCCUAAACCACUAAUAAUUUCAGUGUGACUCAUUAAGAAUCAACAUCACAGUGGUCAAAUCUUUGAAAGCCAAAGGUAUACAUGUCAAAAAGUAGCCAAAAAUGUCCUUAAACAUUAAGCUCUUUUAAGAUAUUAUAUACCAAAAACUUAACUAUAACGUUUUUAAAUGUUCUCUAUUAGAGAAGUAAGCAGGGUAUUGACCCAGUGGUGACAAUUUUUAUAAAGUAGUCAUCUAGGUUUAUUUAGCUCAAUAGAAUACAUAUACACCCAUAUACUUAUGUACACAUACGUGUAUAUACACAUAGACAUUUGUAUGUAUAAUUACACUUACAUACAUAUACUUGAGAUAUUUCUCAUCUGUAUUUUCUAGACAAUUAUUUAAGGUGUAUUGAAAAACAUUAAUGGAAGAACUUUUAAAAUGAACUGUUGUCAGCAAGUAAUCCGAAAAGUUUUAAUAUUUCAUACUUUAUUCUUAUCACUUCACUUGAAAAUUUGACUAGAAGUAAAAAAAAUAACAAGCCGUAGGUAUCUUAAAAAUAAGUGAACCUGGGAUUGGAGCAAUAGUACAAUGGGGAGGGCAUCUGCCUUCCAUGCAGCUGACCUGGGAUUCAAUCCCUGGCAUCCCAUAUGGUCCCUGAGCACCUCCAGGAGUAAUUCCUAAGUGCAAAGCCAGGAGUAACCCUGAGCAUUGCUGGAUAUGACCCAAAAACCAAAAACAAACAAACAAAAAACCCAAACAAUAAGUGAACUGAUCCUGGCCAGGUCUGUCUUAAGUUGUGAAUAAAUGCAAAUUUUCCCAAAAGAAAUUAUAUCAAGUAUCCUAAAAGUGUAAAAUAUCUAUUCAGUUAAUAAUUUUAAACGUAUUAUCUGCAGCUGUGAAAUCUGAGGUUUUUUCCUAUCUCUUUGGUAACCUUCUGUUUCCUGAUUUUCUGCAAAAUCAAAAUAGGAGGCACUGUAUUCUCAAUUUUCUGCCAGGCCCCUGUCUAGCUCUCUCAGAAAAAGGAAAGAUGGGGUAUUUGGGGUGAGGAACUGUAGAACGGUUUUAUAAAAAAAUAAUUCUGUUUUUUCACUCUCCCAAAAUGCCAUUUGUCUAGACAAAGGAUGCUUAAGCCAUUCCAUGCUCAGAAUUUUUCAGAAAGGCAUAAACAAUUGAAGUUUUUAUAGGGUAUUUAUUACUACCCUCUUAGGCAGCAUCUGAAAAGUGAAUGAGAUUUUUAGGUAGAAUUUGCACAUGGGAUGAAGAAAAUUUUUUUAAAUGACUAUUUUGAUUUUUUAUUAGUUGGCGGCAUUCUUGAAGAUGUGUAGGACCCAAGUAACUUCAGUCAUAACCUCUUGGCCAGCUGCCCUCAACAAACUCCUUAGAUCCCUGUCAGCAUGGCAAUUUGCAAGACAGUAUGAAAGGGACUGGAGCAAUAGUAGGGCAUUUGCCCUGCAUGUGGCCGACCUGGGUUCUGUCCCAGGCAUCCCAUAUGGUCCCCUGAGCACUGCCAGGAAUGAUUCCUGAAUGCAGAGCCAAGAGUGACUCCUGAGCUUUGCCGGGUGUGACCAAAAAAGCCAGGGAGGGGAAAAAGCAUGAAAAAGCUUCUCUAUAGAAUCUGUUCACAGCUCUGGGGAAUGCAGGUGUGACCUGUGAGACCUACUCCACCUGAGUGGUGCUGAGCAGCUCAUCCUGCCCCCAGUGCCCCGCAGGUCCCUGUUACCUUCCCUCUCCAACUAAAGUCUUCCCAUGUGGGGAAUUUGAGAGCAGAAGAGGGGAGUCCAAGCCAGUCUCUACUUCCCAUCAAACUGUUUUCUGAGAAGGAGUUGAUUUUUCAAGGAGAAAGGAAGGGUCAAGCCUAAGUAACACUUGAGAGUUUCCAUUUUCCUUUGGUUGCCUUUCCACCUUGCUUUCGGACUUCCUUUCCUCCUCCUGUCUCCAUUGCCCUGUGUAUGCUGUUCACUGGUGGUUCCUUAGAGUCACAUUGCCACAAGUGCUCCCAUUUCCCUGUCAGUUGUCUUGCAAAAUGACUCCUUUCAUUUCUCCCCACCUUACACAUUCACGGUAGGCUGUCGAGUGUUAGGACGAGAACAGUUUACUUAUUUAUUUUUGACCAGGAAGGCAUUUGUUUGAGUCUUGGAAUCAUGAUCAGAUGGCAGUGCUUGCUUGGUUCCUGUCAUGACCAAGGACUUAGCAGUUUUAAAGGGCAUGGCAGGGAUGUGAUCUAAAUUCAGAUCACUUGUUGUGAACCUCUGGGCUUGGCUUUUAAAAUUCAUCUGCCCAUGGUUGGUGAAAGGAAAUGAACAAUUUAAAGAAACUAAUUUCACAGUUUGUAUCUUAUAGUAGGCUACUUGCUCAUCUAUAGGAAUGGAUAGAUGACACCCUUAGGGAAUAAUGAUAUAUCUGCUCAGAUUGAGAAGAGAUGUCCAUGACUGAGUACAUCUGUGCUGUCUGGUACUGUCAUCAUCACGUGUAUCAAACUUCAUGCAAUUAGGAAAUUCAUUUCUCAACUGUUCUGGCACAUUUGAGAUGAUCGAUAAUCAAAUAGAUGGUACAAACGUUACAAAAGUCAGUCAUUGCAGAAGUCCUGGUGAGCUCUGCUUUAGGUCUUUACUACCCCAAGUGCGGUCCUUAAGCCAGCAACAACCAUAUUGCCUUCAAGCUUAUAGAAAUGCAGAAUCUUGUGUCUACUCCAAUACAACUGAAUCAAAAUCCUCCUUUUAGUAGAUACACCACUUGAUUGGUUGACCAGAUAAAUUUUAAUUCCUCCUAAUAAAUUUUAAUUAGGGGUCUUAAGAGGAUUAGAAGAGUUCACUCCUUAACCCACUGUUUCGGAUCCAUUUACCAGCUGCUCCCAAUAUCACCUGAAACUCAUUCAUUACUUCAACUGUGUUUUUUCUCAAUUUCCUCAUCUGGUUCGAGCUGCUCCCCACCUUUCUAGUGGCUUUAUUUUGAUAGUGAAGGGGAAUGAAUGAAGAAGAUGUGGGAACCAACACAACUGGCCUCUCACUAGCCUUUCACCUGUCAUCUAGGUCACUUAACAAUCUUAGUUUGCUUAAUUUGCUUCCAUAUGACGUUCUCAUUUGUUCACAACUUAAGUCACAGGGAACAUUUCAGAAGAAUAUGUACCAAGAUUAAUAAAGAUUGGGUCAGUAUCCAGCAGCUUGUACAUUUUCACAUUCUCUUACCAAUAGAUUAUCCUGUUGACAUAGUUCAUGCUUGAAGAUUUAUAGCAGCACACAUAUAUUAAAUGAAUCAUUAAGCAAUUUUUAAAAGGCAGCAAAAUGAUUACAGGUGAAGUGAAUGUAAUUAAAGCUCUUAAAGGAUGCAUGUUUGCUCAACCUAGAUGUUUUUAACAUGCUAAUUUAUCUUUUUUCGGAUAGUAGUUACUUAAAAUAGUGCCUGCUCUCCAAAGUAUAAAUUAUUUUAUCCUAUAAUAUUUCCCCAUAACAACUUAUCCAGUAUUCUUCACUUAACAGUGAAGAAUGUAUAAUUUACCAAACCAUUGCUACCUUGAGGUUAUUUUAAUAGAUAAAGAAUGCACAACCUUGGUGCUCAUAGGAGCUAAUUUAGCAAAGGUAUGAGAAUGGAAAUAUUAAUGUAGACAUAACAGGAGAAUUUUAGCAGAAACUUUGAUGUGACACCACUGAGCUAAAUGAUUAUCUCCAACUGGAUGACAGGAUAGCAGACUUCACAUAUAUAGAUGUUAAUUCUUUUAAGACACUGCUUUUCAGAAAGCUAUAAAAACAUUGUAUCUCUCAACCUCAGCAUCUAGUAUCUGUCCUAUACCUCUCCUCAAAAUGAACUCAACCUACAUUUUUUUUCAAAAGCAAUUUGAGUAAAACAGUUAAGCUUACAGUUGAAUAACACACAUGGCAGAUUCAUAACACCGACCUUUAAAUCAGCACAAAAGCAGAGUGAGGAGAGAAACUGUUGGACAGUGGAAUAGCCUCCAUGGGUGAGAGAGUGCCCACCGUGCCAGCCUGCAUACUUCUCCCUCUUCUCUCUCACUGUCCCAUGCCAAGGGCCUAGGACUUUGUCUCUUUUAGGGCAUCUCUGUAGCGACUUUUGCAUAGUAACUCAUGUCAAAUGGGUCACAUGAGGCCUUUGCAAUAGGAUGCCUUUUUAGAGAAAUGACCAAAUUCUUUAAAGGGCGAUGAUUAUUGGUUUUUGUAAUGUGCAAAGCAUUAGUUAGUUUUAUCUAUAUUAUUGUUUUCUCUUACUAGUUUUUUUCAAGAAACAUUUCUUCUAGAAACAUUUCUGCUAGCAGAAAGAAAAAUAAUAAGGCUUAUCAUUUCAGACACCAGAGAGAUAAAAGACAGCUGGACUGUACCUAUUUGUAUACUUUUAUUUUCAGCAAAAGGAAUGGAUAACUGAGACUAUUAAAUUCAGUAACAAUGUGUAAGAUAAGCCACAUAUAACUAAUGUAGGUGAACAGAUGACUUUGAUGUAACUAUUCUCUUUACAUAUAUUAAUAUCAUCUCUUACUUUUAAUGUACUUCCAAGUUUUAGUUGGAAAAAUAGAAACCAAGCGCCAACUUAAAAAUGGUAAAAAAAAAAAAAAACCUCCACAUAAAAUAGUUUAGUUUAGCUAUAAAUUAUUCAUUGUAUAGGAAUUUACAUUCUGGGUAUUUCAUAGAAACUGCAUUCCAAGAGCAGAUUAACCAAAUGUAAAGAAUUUAGAGUUAUUUUUAAAUGUACUAGAGUAAAAGAUUCAUACUACAGUUGAUAAUGGCAUUGAAGUAAGAUAAUGCAGUUAGAUAUGUAAGCUAAAGAAGAAAAAAGGAUAUAUUUUUUGGUCUACCAUUUUAUUGCACUGUUUACCACAGCUUAACCUUAUCUAUUGCUAAAUUCUAAGUAUUAAGCUAAUAUGUAGCUGAAGAUUUCUUACAGUUCUGGCAACUGAUAAUUAGUGCUGUGAAAGGUUUGGGUAUUGUAACAUUCCCAAUUUUGUGAGUUAUAUGUUGUAUAUUGAAAAUGACUAAUAAAUUGGAGUAAUAUAUAUUUAUGUAGAGCUGGGAAAUAUGGUAAUUAUUUUUAACUUCAAAUAAGUUGUAUUGAAUUUUUUCUUUCUCUUCAGUGAGCUUAAAAGUCUCCCUUUUAUGUUAAAAUGUCUAUUUAUACAACAGGUUUCACCUUUUACUGGGUUUAUUAAUUUUCAUAUUAAAUUUUUCUUAUCUUUUUAUACCAACUUAGUUAUUGUGCUGGCUAUUCAAGCUGCCAAGAUGUAUUUGAAUUUGCAGGAACUUUUGGCAGACAAAAUAUUUAGUAACAGACCAUAUUUGUAUAUUUUGUGGUUUUGGGGACAAGAAUUUUGCCUUUGAGUCUCUGAGGCUUUGCUGAUAAAAGCAGAGCUAGUGAUCAUCAGUAUUACUCAGAAUCACCAGUAGAAGGUUUCCCACGUUGUAUAAAUCAGUGCACUUAUUUAUUAUGUUGUAAAAUUUAAUAUGUAUGGAUAAUGCAUAUUCUAGCCCUUUUAUUUGUUACUGCUGUUGCUUAGGGUGUAAUAACUCUGUUAACUGUUACUUACAUACUUGAAGUACUCAUUUCUGUCAAACAGAUCCCAACUUUUUCCUGGUCAAAAAAGAUUCAUAUUCUUUACCACCAUAGAUAACAGAAAAAAGAACUUGUUUUUUAAAAUGGGGGUGGAUUAAUACGGGUGUUUAACUAUGGGGGUGGGGGGAGAAUAUAAAGCUACAAGGAAAUCACCAAUAUGAACUAAUUGUGCUGAAGUUUUCCAUUAUCUAUUUCACUUUUAAGUCAGAACACCUUCUCUGGUAAAGUUUCAAUUCUUGUAAAACUGGUCUGUGAUAAUUAUAUUGGUAACGUGAAUUUCAGAGGAACAUGAAGAAUUUCUAAUCCCCCUCAUCACCAGCCCCCCCCUCCCCGCCAAAUAUCACAUACCUCUAGCAGCUGGAUCUUGGCUCUAGGGAGUAUAAUCUUAACAUGUUUGCUUGCCUUUGACGCGGGGUUACUUUACAAAUAGAAAUUUUAUGGGUAAUGACUUGCUUUUUAUUGCUUCUGUCAAUUGAGUCAAUAGGAUCUUGAGGUUUGGAUUUUCAUUGUUUUUAAAACAAUAUUUCCUAUUUAGUGUGUGGAAAGCUGGAAAUUUUAAAUGCACUGUCAAAACAAACAAACAAAUCAUGUUUUUAAGGAAGGAAAAAAAGUAUUUAAGGUGAAUCCUUUAUAAGGUAUGCCAAAGAAAUCACUCUGACAAGCCCUACAUUAAAUUGUUUUAUUUACAUUGUAAGCAGUAGAUAGUGCACUAUUAAGGACUAUAGUAGGAAAUUACAUUAAAAUAACUUAUUGUAAUUUUAAAGACACUCAUUUUACUUUUGCAUGAGGAGUUAUUAAUAGGAAAAUAACAUAUUAAAAACAUGAAUAAAGUAUCCUGAGUUGAUAAUUUGGGAAAUAAUUUGGAAGCAAAUAGUUUGAGCAUAGAUCUCUCUUACCUUAUGGAGUAGAAACUCAAAAUAUAAGUGAUAUAUGUGCGUAGCCAUAAGCCAUAAGAGCAAAAGUAUUUCCCUGAUGAAGUUUGACACUUUAUCUGUGCCCCAUGAACAUAGCAGUUAAUUUAGGAAACUAUCACAUUUUUGAAAUUAAACUAAGCAAAUAACUUGGGUGACCUAAUCAUUUGUGUUUACUAUAUGAGGAAAAUGUUUGCUUUCUCUGCAAUUAAUUCCACAGAGAACUGAUCCCUGGAAUUAGCCAGUUUUCAUUGAAAGACCCUGAUAACUGUGGAUCAGGACAGAAAUAUUCCUGAAUUUACUGAGUCUUAUAAUGUGUUAGCAAUGAUUGAUUUCCACUUAAAACAAAUUAUUAAAAUAUACAAUACACAUAGCUGAAUUCUGAGAUUUGGUGUAUGGGACCCAGGUUAGAGCCUACUGGCUCUCAUAACUAACUUGUGCUCUGGCUUCACUGCAUUUGUCCUAGCAUCUUUGUGACUUGGUGCUUGGCUACCCCAGUAAGAGCAGGCACACAGUAUUGUGGAUAUAGGUAACAUUUUUUACAAAAGGGUCUCUGUGAGUAAGGAUCAUACUUAAAUUUACUGUUUGUUUCCUAUUUUCAUUUAUCACUAUUGAUUUAAAAAGACUUCCCAGACUGUAGGAUGAAUUAGAAGUCAAAAGUAAUAUCCCUCAAUGUUCAGUUUUAAAAGGAGAGUGAAGUACAUUAGUACUUAUGGAUACCAGAUAGCUUAUGGUAAACAUAGUUUUUCAUUUGUGUACUACAGGCUCACAUUACCCAUUUCAGGAUAUGCUAAAAGUUCAUUUCUAAAGUUUUCAAAAACUAAGAUUAAAUUUUAUACUCAUCUCAAACAUUUAUAUCAGUGAAUGGUAAAUAAAUAUUUAAAUCACAAUUAAGUUGUGUCUUGAAGGAUUCUUAGGUUAACUCCCCUAAAAAGGAAACUGUUUUUUUUUUCCAAUGGCUAAUAAAACAGAAUAUAGAACUUCCUUACUUACCCUUUGAGCCCACUUAGUCACUGUACUAGGUAAGUUCAGAAUGGUUUCCUUACAUUUGAUUCCCAGCAUGGAUGGCUGACUACAUUCUUUGCCUGUGGAAUGGUACUUCCUCAUUCCUCUUAUGCAAGUACCUUAAAAAUUUCCUCUAAAGAAGCUAGCAACUAUCUCCAUUAUUACUCUAACAGAGAUAUGAGAAGAGCUAAAACAUAGCUAAAAUAACAUAGCAAAGAAUUAGUUAUAUAUAUGAAGAUUGACUUUCUUUUGAAACCAAUAUUUGAAUUCACUCAGUAUAUAAUCCCUCUGAUCCAUUGUUACAUCUAGUAUUUAUUGCAGUAUAAUAUGGUAAUGAGCUCCUAUUGCAUCUCCCUUUCUAAAAAUAUUUUAAUUGUAAGAAUUUAUAUACCACAUUAGAAAAAUGCUGAAGAGGCUGGAGAGAUAGUACUGUGGGUAAAGUGCUUGUUUUCCAAGCAGCUAACUCUAGUUUGAUGCCCAGCACUGCAUAUGGUCCCCCAAGCACCUCCAGGAAUUAUCCCUGAGCACAGAGCCAGGAGUUAGCCCAGAGCACUUCCAGAUUUGAACCCCAAACCAAAAAAACAAUAUUAACUCAACAGCAUGCCAUUUUCAUUAGUCUUUAUGACAGAAUUUGGUUUCAGUGAUGAUUGAUCUGAGUAAUGAUUCUAGAAUGACUUAAUACAGUUACAGGGACAAUUUUUCUUAGAAUUUGCUUCCCACAGUGACCUCACUUCAAGUCACUUAUAGUGAUUAUUUCACUUUUUAUGACACAAUGGAAGAAUGGUUGUUUGCUACAAUUAUGUAUCACCGUUAUAAAGCAUAAUGACUAAAAAGUGUGAUUUAAGGGUCUAUUUUUCUCUUCUAAUUCUAUAAAAUCUUCCUACCAUAUCUCCAGAUCAUGAUAAGUGUUACCCUCAAAACUUUUUAAAGUUAUUAAUUUCUAAACAAUAGUCCAGAUAUAUGUAAUUUAGUUAAAUGUUCUCUUCAAAUAAACAUUUUUCUACCUGCUUUCUACUUGAUAAUCUAUCAGAUUUUGGGGAUUCAAAUAAAGUAAGACCUAACUCAUGUAUGGUAGAGUUCAAGAUUCUUACCUAUUUUUCUACAGUCUGUUUAGGAAUUUGGGAAGUAACCUCUUUUAAACCAAGUUUUUCUUAGGUUAUUUUCGAGUAGUUGCUCCUUCCACUCAAAAAAAAAUUCUGUCAUAAAGAAAUAAAUUUUAUGUGCAUGGUUUUUGUAUUUUCAGAUCAGCUACCAAUAAUUUUUGACCAUUUGUUAAGAUUGACCUUUGAUCAGUCCUGUAGAACUCCUGUUUCCACAAUCGUAGGUGCUAAUGUGUGAUGCAAGAGACUGUUACAAAAGUCCAUUACAGGAAAGUAUCUAUCCCUACUGAAGAUUCACACACCCAAAUAUAUGAGAAAUACAUAGUAGAAGGGGAAAACUUAUAAACCAGUGCUUUCUGGUAUGUGAACUUUAAAGGCUCCAUCUGAAGCUAUGGGUUAAUGUGUCCGCCUCAAUUAUUUUAAGUGGAUAUUAGGGAGUAAUAAGAGUCAGCAGGUUGCAUACUUACUUAAAGCAUUUAUAGAAAUAUACCCGUAGUAUUUGAGUCCUAUAAUGCACUGCUUUAAGAAGAAACAAGUAUUUGAAUUAUAAAAUAAUCUAUUUCUCUGAAUAUUUAUGAAUAGGCAAUAGGGUUCCAUUAUGAGAAGAAAAAGACUGCCUUUAUUGUUACUAGGUAUGGACAGAAAUUUUCCUUGUGUAUAUUUACACUUUAAUAAACUUAUUUUGAAUUUACUGUUUCCCAUUAGUAUAAAAUAUCAACUUUUUCUGUUCUGUAGAAGAAAGGAAUUCUUAAUUUGACAGAAUUUAAUUAUUUUGUUCACAUUGUAAGAGAAGGAAGCUCAGAAACCCUAACUCAGUCCCUUACCUUUAGCACACUUUACCUUUCAAUAAAAAUAAUAAGCAAUUAUUGGCCUCCCGUUUAUUAUCACAUUAAAAACAACAGUGUAUUCCUUUUGUCCCCUACAUUGAAAAGAUGAAUUUACUACAUUUUGGUCGUCUUUUUUGAAACUCGUACUUGUUUCUGAAGAUGCAGAUCAUGUCUGUCUAUUUAUUACACAGUGGGCUCUGUUUGCUGCAGAAAAGAGUGAAACUUUUUAACUGCUUAGCACACUUGCCAGUGAAAUAUACCUGACAGAGCAGAGGUUAUAACUUUGGCUCUAAUUACUUUUAAUAAUGUUAAGAAAACGUGAGUUUUGUUUGUUUACAUGCUGUUUACAAUAGCAUAAUUUUUAAAUAUAUAUAUAACAAUUGAGAUAUUUAUUGCAUACUAUUUUAAAGAUGUUUUAUGUGUUUUCACCUUUGGAAUAUAUUGUUACAGCUCCUUAUACAGAUAAUUCGGGUGGCUUUGUUAAUGUAGCUAGUAAUUUUUAUGACUACUAAGUGACCAGUUUUUUGUGCCUUUUAUUGUGGGAUGCAUGAUUAUGUAUUUAUUGUACGGAAGUCACUGAUGCGUGUAUUUUUGUAUUUUGCUGGGAUUAACGGGUGAUCUCACUGUAUAUGAUGACGAGAGAUGCCUUUCCCAAAGGGGCACUGCCUUGAGAUUGUUCUCAAAUAAAAAUUAAUGCAUUUGCAGGA